AUGGCCUGUGCAUUGGAAACGCUGUGCGGACAGGCUUAUGGAGCUCAACAAUACCGAAAAGUGGGAAUCCAUACCUACACUGCUAUAUUUUGUUUGAUCUUAGUAUGCAUCCCUCUGUCUCCCCUAUGGCUAUACAUGGGAAGGCUGCUUAUUUUCAGUGGUCAAGAUCCCUUAAUCUCACACGAAGCCAGUAAAUUCGUUCGGUGGCUUAUCCCGGCACUAUUCGCCUAUGCUGCUUUUCAGCCACUUGUUCGCUACUUUCAGACACAAAGUUUGAUCACUCCCUUGCUCAUAUGCUUUUGUAUCAGUCUUUUAGUACAUAUACCUCUAUGUUGGGCUCUAGUCUUCAAGUUUGGGUUAGACACUAUAGGAGGAGCAUUAGCCAUUAGCAUCUCAAGCUGGUUGAAUGUGAUCUUCCUUGCACUUUACAUGUGGCACUCUCCGACCUCCUUGAAUGGUGGUUGGUGGUCAUUUGAGCUACUUAUCCUGCUUUCUGGCCUUUUACCAAAUCCUCAUCUGGAAAUAUCCGUCCUGUCUGUAUGUCUCAACACCAUCUCAACACUUUAUGCAAUACCAUAUGGACUUGGUGCUGCAACAAGCAUUGAGAAGGAAGUGGUGGAUUAUGUGACAACCAUGACUCCCUUGGUUUGUGUGUCUGUUAUUCUUGACAGCUUACAGGGGGUGUUGCAAGGGGAUAUGGAUGGCAGCAUGUAG